ACACGUAUUGAAACGACGUUUUCCUGUCCUCUACAGCCUACACGCUACGCGGCCUACACCCACAGGCCACAGCUUUCUUCUCUGUUCUGGAAGUUGGUUUUCUUUGACCGUUGGUUUUGCUCUCAAUAAGCUUCUCGAACUCGUCAAAACACGAUAUGAAAUAUGUAAUUUUAUAUUUGUAGUCUGUAGACAAGGACAAUCGGACGGGAAGAGAGAUUUAUUAUUUUUCGUUUUUGGGUGAAAGCAGAUCGUAAGGAUCCAUACGUCCGCUUUGAAGUGCUCCUCUCUCGAUCUUUAUAGAAAACAUUGAUUCCCAGUUACCUGCUUCAAUUCUAUCGCCUGUUCUGUUUAUUGAUGAUAUCUCGUGGUAGAUCUGCUGAUUAAAGGAUUGUUUUGAGGAACGAUUCGGUGCCUUGUCAUUGUUUGAGCCUUUGGUUGAUAUCUUUUGAGGAAACAGUAUUACAGCUAUAAGUGUUUGUAAGUGUUCUUAUAAUGGGCUCAAGAGAUAGUGGAAAUUACAAAGAGGGAAUUGAGGGAUCUAAUGGUGCUAAAACAGAGGAUUCUCUUGACAAUUCGACUUCUCGAAGGAUACUACUACGCGAUGGGAACCCGCAGAGAAAACUAGGUGAUGCUUCACCUGCUCUUCCCUUUGGUAGUCGAUUAAAGUUUCUUAAAUUUGGUUCUGCAUCUGCCAAAUUCAAGCGGAUAGCUGAACAGAGAGAUGAAAUGUCACAGUUGGUGGUGGCUUCCACUAGUGGCCAUCAUUUUCGAGAACGUUUCAGUGGUAUUUUUGGUGGGAAGAUUGAUAGGGAGUCACUGAUGAAAAUGUGCAAAGAAUGGUUCAGAAAUCCGAUGAACUUAGCCCUUUUUGUGUGGAUCUUAUGUGUUGCAAUCUCAGGUGCGAUUUUGUUCCUUGUCAUGACUGGAAUGUUAAAUAGUGCAAUUCCCAGAAAGUCCGAGAGAAAUGUCUGGUUUGAAGUUAACAAUCAAAUCCUCAAUGCACUCUUUACUCUCAUGUGUCUUUACCAGCAUCCAAAACGAUUCUACCACCUUGUACUUCUCUGUAGAUGGAAACCAAAUGACAUUUCAAGGCUCAGAAAGAUUUACUGCAAGGAUGGGACUUAUAAGCCCCAUGAGUGGGCACAUAUGAUGGUUGUUGUUAUCCUGCUUCAUGUGAACUGUUUUGCUCAAUAUGCCCUUUGUGGUCUAAACUUAGGCUAUAAGAGAUCCGAGCGCCCUGCCAUAGGAGUUGGUAUAUGUAUAUCUAUUGCAAUAGGUGCACCUGCAAUUGCUGGUGUAUACACUAUUGUUAGCCCUCUCGGGAGGGACUAUGAUCUCAAAAUGGAUGAGGAAGCACAGGUCCAGACCACUGGUGAAAGUUUGAGGCCUGACCGUUUAAGAUUGAAAUCUUUGGAGAAGAAGUAUUCAUUUGCAUCCGGAGAUGAACAAAGAGUCGCUGAGACUAGACCCCUAUGGAGUGGUGGAAUAUUUGAUUUCUGGGAUGAUAUAUCGAUUGCUUAUCUCUCACUUUUUUGUAGUUUUUGUGUCUUUGGUUGGAAUAUGGAGAGAUUUGGGUUCGGCAACAUGUAUGUCCAUAUCGUAACUUUUAUCCUCUUUUGUAUGGCUCCGUUUUGGAUUUUCAACUUGGCUGCUGUUAAUAUUGAUAAUGAGGCCGUGAGGCAGGGAAUGGUUGCCACGGGGCUGGUUCUUUGUCUGUUCGGUUUGCUAUAUGGUGGCUUCUGGAGGAUUCAAAUGAGGAAGAGAUUCAAUUUGCCAACUUAUAACUUCUGCUUUGGUGAACCAUCAGCUUCAGACUGUGCUCUUUGGCUCUGCUGUUGUUGGUGCACUCUUGCUCAGGAAGUGCGUACCGGAAAUUCUUAUGUAAUCAUAGAAGAUAAGUUUUACAGGAAAGAAACGGAUGGUGAUGACCAGCUACCAAUCUCACCUUUGCCUCGAGAAGACGGCGUUCAGCUUAGUCCUAGCAAGAGCCUCCUACUUGAAAGAAACUCUGCCUCAGCUACUCCGAAUAGGCAGCUUCCUACAGUGAAUGAAGAGACUGUUCCACAACAAGGCGACGACGAAAAAAUGAUCCCACCUGCUCCAUUGGUGAUACAGAGAGAAAUUACAUAGCCAAAGAACAUUUGUAACAUCAUUCUUGUAAUUUUGACUUUCAUGUAUAUUUUUUUUCUCUACUUUUGAGUGCCACAGAAUGUAUUGUAUGCCUUGUGGAGAUUUUACUAGAUACAAUUGUUCUAUUUGGCCGUUUUAAAUUGGAAAUCAAUCUUUGUUUGUUACUA